AUGAAUCUCGAGUUAUAUUCAGUACUUGCCAAGGUAGAUGGAAUGGGGUUUCCAUUGGCUUAUAUGCUGCUAACUACAGCAACCACUGUUAGUGAUAGAAUCCGCAAAAAAAUAAUCACCCAAUUCUUUGAUAAGUUGCAUCAUAUGGGAGUCAAUCUGACUUUUGUGAAUUCAGAAUUUGCAUUUAUUGAUCCUAAUUUUUAUCCCGAAAUUGCAAACGAAAUAAAUGAGUUAAACCAAUCCCAAACUAGAAAAACAAUAUUUACUUUCUGUCCUUCAGAACAUCAUAGUCAUAUUAUUAAUCUC